AUGAAAUCCUAUUUGCUGAUUCUGACAAUAAUCCUUUUUGGAUUUGCCCUUGCCGAGACCAACAUCACCACAGUUGAAGACUGUGCAGUUUGUGCUGGAAGUAAACAGAGAGUCUGUAGAGACUCUUAUACAGGUGAUAGAUUUUACUGUGCUCAAGGUGAAAAAGGACCUAAUUGUGGAGACAAAGCUCAGACUAUUUCUACUGACGACCUUAACCCUGAUCAGAGUGAUGGCUCUAAUUACUUGCUGCGCCCUAACCCUGCUGAGUGUCCUGAUACUAUCUACCUGAGUUCGAGCCCAAGUGGGAUGAGAGAGAUUCUCCUAAGAAAUCUACCAUACUGCAACACUCACAUUACAUAUUAUAAAGGAGACCAAAAUGCUAUGAAAAUCCUCGCUACAAUGACAAGUGAGGUUGGAGUCUCUGCCUUCAGAAGAAUGAAUGCUUCAAGAUAUGAGAGAAUUGGAGAGCUCCAGCCAAUGGAAAUUUUAAUAGAAGAAGAUGAAUCUAUUAUCCUUGCUGCUCAAAGAAAAAUGUGAUAUUGGUGAUGUAGCUAUUAGUGCAUUGGUAAAAUAUAUGAUAACUCCAAAAUUUUUAAAAACUUUGGCAAAAAUAUUAAAAACUUUAACUAAAUCUCAGCCACAAUUCUAAAACUAAACUUUCAAGAUCAAAACACUUAGUAAAUUCAUUAUUGAUGAUGAUUUGUCUGGAUCUUAUGGGUUAACAGUCUACAUGAAGGAGUAUGAAAAAUGACAGUUCCAAGACGACUACUUCAAUCUCAAAUUGAUGGGAGAUAUCUCUGCUCUCGCAGUUAAAGAGAAAUAUAGUUUGAAUCCAAGAUAUUUAAAUUAUGUGAUCAUUCUUAAAAUCGGAGUUUAUACUCUUGUUAAAUAUAAGCAUGGCUUUAGAUCACUAAACCAGAUAACAAUAACCAAAACUAAGUCCUCUGCUACACUUGAAUAUUGAAAUUUGUAAAAGAACUGAUUCUACAAUUUUUGUAUACUUUCGUUUUUGGAGCUGCAGUC